AAACUAAUUGCAAAUCAAUCUCUGCUUUUCUCUCAAGCUUUCAACAAACAAAUCGAAACCCUAGCGGCAACAAUCAAACCAAUUCUCCGAUCUACUGUACACAGAAAUGGCAUCGUUCGAGCAAGCACCACCGGGCGACGGCAAAGCCGGAGAAAAGAUCUUCCGGACUAAGUGCGCUCAAUGUCACACCGUCGAGAAAGGCGCCGGUCACAAACAAGGUCCGAACUUGAACGGUCUGUUUGGGAGACAAUCGGGAACAACUGCUGGAUAUUCUUACUCGUCGGCGAACAAGAAUAGGGCUGUUGCAUGGGGAGAGGAUACUCUUUAUGAUUACUUGCUUAACCCUAAGAAGUACAUCCCCGGAACUAAGAUGGUCUUCCCUGGAUUGAAGAAACCACAGGAUCGUGCAGAUCUCAUUGCCUAUCUCAAGGAAGCUACUGCUUGAUCUUCUUGAUUAGUAUGGCUAUUUUAGCAAAUGUUUCGAAACAUUAAUGGUUACCCCAAAACAAUUAUUUUUUAUUCAAAGGAUUAGAAAACUAUCCACUUGUUGAAAUAACACAUAUUUUAGGCUUUAAAAAAGCUCUUUGUUUUGAGAGUUAAGAUGAGGGAAAACUCUGCCAAGACCCUUUUCAUGAGGCAUUUUAUGAAUUUCAUUAAACUUGUGUAGCUCAUACUGGCUGCUGAUGUCUAUUAUAAAUUGAAGUUAAAUACUUUGGUUUUCUUGAA